AUGGAUAAGACUAAUUGGAUGAAAUUACAUUUAUUGUCUUCUGGUAAGGUAGUGACUCCAGACGUUGAGUCAAAGUAUCAGGCAGCUGUGACAUGCCCUUUGUCUCAGACGUGCUGGACCCCAGCUGCUGGCUUUAGUAGUGCAGAUGAGUCUGCUAUUCUGACAUCGGAGGGAGUUGCUCGCAUUAGAUCGGGAAUCACUUGGGGUGAGGUGUAUGCCUGGCUGGAGGGGCAAAACCUGCCAGCUAUUGGAGGUCGAGACCAGCAGGUCAGACUAGGAGGUUUUCUCCUCGGAGGCAGCAUGGGGGCUUUGCUUAAUCUUUAUGGUCUUGGAUCGGAUGGCGUGAGAAACUUUGAGGUCCUGUUGGCCAACGGCAGACAGAUUAAUGCGAACGCGAAUGAAAACGCCGAUCUCCAUCGCGUUCUGAAGGGUGGUGGCUCCAACUAUGGUAUCGUCACGCAGUUCGACCUUGAAACUCAUCCUCUGAUCAAUGUCCAACACACGAUCAACCUCUACAAUCCAGAUGGCCAUGUUGAGACCAACAAAGCAACAGUUGCCGUUCAGAAGGCCAUGGAGGAUGACCCUAAAAUUGGGUUGCUCACCACUUUCAACAAUGGCUUCGUUGCUGUGGGCUUACUCUAUGGAGAUACCCCAGCGGAACCACCUUCGGCUUUUGAGUUUUUCUAUAAUUUUAAAAACCUGAUGACGAUGGCUCUCCCCACUACAAAUGGAGCCCUCCUAUCGUUAGCGCAAGCCAUGGGAAAUAUCCAAGUUUCCCAGAAGCGAGCUACUUGCACGGUCACUACCCAGGUUUCACAGGAACUCUACGAAGAAGUCUACAAGUCCUGGACCGAGGUCUGCAAGACCCUUCCGUCUGGCUGCGUUCUGCAUUAUACCAUCCAGUUGAUGGGCAAGGCUGGUGUACAGGCAGGAAAGGAUCGUGGAGAGAAUAUCAUGGGACACGAGAGUAUUCCGCAGUGCUGGUGGGUUUUCACCUGUGAGUGGCCCCAGGAGGGUGGCGACGACGCCGCCGCGGCGCAACAGGCAGUGGAUACAUUGUCCGAAAUGGUGCACUCUCUGGCCAGAGGAAAGGGACUCUUAUUGGACUUUUAG